CCCGGGCACCAUUGCUGUCUAGAAGCGUGUGAUCUUACAGCUACUAGCAUCGGCGAGCUCGAGUAGCGUAGUGGAAGUUGGCGUGGGAUAACUGGGGCGCUGGCGUCUCCCUCGAGCAAGUGUGCGCAGAGAGUGCGAGCAGCAGAGCAUACCAGCGCCCGCUGGCGCCCCUGAUCUUUGAGCCGGUCCUGCUGGCCACCCUGCUGUGGUGACUUCCAGCUUGUGGCGGCGGCGGCAGCAGCAGCAGCAGCAUUCAUGUUAAAGGGUCCGACGACGAACCUAGCCUUCCUUACCCAAGUGCUCGGCUCUGAUGGAAAGGCAGAAAGAGAUCUAACGGAGGAAGGGCGUCGACGAGCGGCGGAGAUUGGCUUGCGCAAAUAUAGAGACGCUCUCGAGAGCGAUGAAUCGGACGGGUGGGGGCGUACAGGAGCGAGGAGGGAUGGGAGUGAGUACGACGACGACGGGCACGAGCAGGUGCCGGGGGUAAAGCAGAAGUGGAAGCUCUUGCCGCACUUCCUCAAGCUCAGGGGGCUGAUGCGGCAGCACAUUGACUCGUACGACUACUUCGUCAACGUGGACAUCAGCAAGAUCGUCCAAGCGAAGGGCAACCGCGAGGUGCUGAGCGACGUGGACCCCAAGUUCUUCCUCCAGUACACCGGCAUCACCGUCGGCACGCCCUGCAUCGAGGAAGACGACUACACCGUCAAGAGCAUCACGCCGUUCCAAUGUCGACUACGCGACUGCACGUACUCCGCUCCCCUGUGGGUGAACGUGCGGUACACGCGAGGUCGCCAAAUCGUCAACAAGACCAACAUCAACAUCGGCCGCAUCCCAGUCAUGCUGCUCAGCUGCAAGUGCGUCCUGACGGGCAAGAGCGAGGCGGAGCUGGCGGAUAUGAAGGAGUGCCCAUACGAUCCCGGAGGCUACUUCGUCGUCAAGGGAGUGGAAAAGGUGAUCCUGAUGCAGGAGCAGCUGUCGAAGAACCGAGUGAUCAUCGAGUACGACGGGAAGAAGAACAUCUCCGCCGCCAUCACAUCCUCCACGCACGAGAGAAAGUCCCGAUGCAACAUCCACAUGAAGAACGGGAAGGUUUACAUGAAACACAACAGCCUGGGGGACGACGUGCCGAUAGUGGUCAUCCUCAGGGCGAUGGGGGCCACGAGCGACCAGGAGAUUGUCCAGCUUGUGGGGUCCGAGCCGGACAUCAUGAACGCCUUCAUGGCCAGUCUUGAGGACUCGCAGUCCGUGGGGGUGUACACGCAGAAGCAGGCUUUGCUGUACAUCGGGACGAAAAUGAGGGUUCCCCCGAAGGCCGGCGCAAGAGCGAUGCGGCAACAGUCCUCGUUCCGAAGGCCGCUAACCCCUGAAGACGAGGCGAGGGAAAUCCUUUGCGGGGUUAUUCUCAGCCACGUCCCAGUGGUGGGCUACGACUUCCGCGCGAAGAUCGUCUACACGGCACACAUCGUCCGGAGGGUCCUAAUGACCGUCAUCGACCCUUCCACCGUGGACGACAAGGACUACUACGGGAACAAGCGUCUGGAGCUCGCGGGUCAGCUGAUCUCGCUGCUGUUUGAGGACCUUUUCAAGCGUUUCAACAGCGAGCUCAAGCGGAACGCAGACAUGGUGCUGUCCAAGCCCAACCGCGCCGCGGCUUUCGACAUAGGCAAGUUUCUAGAGGGUUCUACCACGAUCACGAGCGGAUUCACGCACGCCAUCUCAUCGGGAAACUGGGUCCUGAAGCGGUUCAAGGUCGACAGGCAGGGAGUUACGCAGGUGCUCUCGCGGCUGAGCUUCAUCUCGUCCCUGGGUAUGAUGACGAGGGUGGACUCUCAGUUCCAGAAAGAGCGCAAGGUAUCAGGGCCCCGCGCUCUUCAGCCCAGCCAGUGGGGUAUGCUCUGCCCCGCGGACACCCCAGAAGGAGAAAGCUGCGGCCUCGUCAAGAACCUCGCGCUCUUGGCGCACGUGACCUCGGACCAGGAGACAGGGCCGGUGCUGCGGCUGUGCUACGACCUAGGGGUGGAGGACGUGGCCAGGCUAUCCGGCGGCGAGGUCAACGGUCGCCACUCGUCCCUCGUGUUUCUCAACGGCUCCAUCGUCGGCGCCACCGGGCACCCGUUUUUGCUGGCCAACAAGAUUCGCUUCCUGAGGAGAAAGGGCAUGGUGGGCGAGUUCGUCAGCGUCUACCUGCACUCGGUUCGGCGUGCCGUGUACAUCGCCAGCGACGGGGGUCGGGUGUGCAGGCCGCUGCUGGUGGUGGAGAACGGGCGCACCCGCCUGACCAAGACCCACCUCGACCAGAUGGCUCUGGGGGUGCUCUCCUUGCAAGACCUCAUCAAGCAGGGUGUCGUGGAGUACGUGGACGUGAAUGAGGAGAACAACUGCCUUGUGGGCCUCGCCGACGGCGACCUGACCAUCAACCACACCCACCUCGAGAUCGACCCGCUCACCCUCCUCGGCGUCGUGGCCGGCCUCAUCCCCUACCCCCACCACAACCAGAGCCCCCGGAACACGUACCAGUGCGCCAUGGGCAAGCAGGCGAGAAGAGGGGGAGGAGGGGGGGGGGGGUACUCAUAG